AUGGCCCAGAACGCACCAGACGAGACACUUUCGCUACUCACGCGACUGAGCCAAAAGCCCGGCGUUCAGAGCACCCUCAUACUGUCGCGCGAGAACGGCACAAUAAUACGCACUUCUGGUCUUAUAUCCAACAGCUCUUCGGCGAACCCAAAUAGUACUCUGCCAGCCUCUGGGGAAGCUGCGUCGGACAACUACUCGAACGGCAGGAAAGAAAGCGGGAUACACAGCGCUGAGGAUGUCGCCAGCAUGGUCUGGGCGUUCCUGACGGCAGCGGGGACCCUUGUGGACGAGCUGGACAAGGAAGACGAGGUCAAACUUCUUCGGCUGCGAACAAGGAAGAAUGAACUGGUCAUUGUACCAGAUCCCAAAUUCAUUCUCGUCGCUAUACACGAUACUCCUCCAGCAUAA